ACGUUGUCUUCUGUUCACACGUGACAUCACUUCCUGUGCAGAGCUUCCAGAGGUGUUCCUCCUCCAGAAGACGCCAUCCUCUCCAGUCACCUGCAUGGCGACAGGUUUCUACCCCGACUUAGCCGACCUGUUUUGGAGGAAAGACGGCGAGCAGAUCUUCGAGGACGUGGAGCACGGAGAGCUGCUCCCCAACCACGACGGAACCUUCCAGAUGUCGGUGGAGCUGAAAGUGGAGGUGACGGCCGAGGUGGAGGGCAAGUACGAAUGUGUGUUCCAGCUGUCUGGCGUCAAGGAGGACCUGGUCACCAAGCUGGAGAGAAGAAGCAUCCUGAGCAACGCAAGCCAUGAAGACAACUGGAGCGUCGCCCUCGCUGCCACGGCGGCGGUCGUCGCUGUGGCGGCCGUCCUGGCGGCCAUCAUCAUCGUCAUGGUCAGGCGUCACAGAAACAGACAAGGUGAGGGACACCAAUGUCCUCCGUCUUCUUCUUCUUCUUCUUCUUCUUCUCGGUCCAGGCCGUGAGUUGAUGCUUUCAUCCGGGCUGCAUGUUUUAGUUGCCUUCCAGCCAAACACUCAAAGAUCCACAGAGACAGAGCGCACACUCUCACAUAGAAACACGUGAGGAAAAAGUCCAUUUCACCUUGUUUCACUUUCAUUUCAGCCCAGUACGAUGCAGCUCGUAAGUAAAACAUCUUUUCUUUGAGCCGCAAGAAACAAAGCCGUGGUGAAGCGUCACUCACAUGGAGGUCUGAUGUGGACCUUUGUUACAAGUUUAGCCUGAAAAUCCCAACUUGAGCUGACUCCUUCACAAUAAAAGACCCUCCUGUGAGCACACGCAAUACAAAGUGUGGCAUAUCUCUCGUUUGACAUGAGUCCUCAUGAUGAGGAUCAGCCAAAUGAGACCUCAAGUGUGCUGACUCAUCAAGAAGGUAUCCUAGUCAGGAAGUAGAAGAGCAGCACUCUGCUUCUUCAUGUUUCCAAGUCACACCUCAAAGAUCUGAUGUGAGUGACGAGGCACCUUCUGGAUGUUCUUCCUUCACCGUUUGCGUUUGUCCCGCAGCUCGCCACGGCGGC